ACUCUUUUACAUAUAACCACCAGAACCAAACCAUGUUAAGUCGUUUAGCUUUAUCAAAGUUAUCGAGAAUUUUACAAGAUAAUGUAAAGAAUUGUAUAAUUAAAAUGCCUCCAUUCUAUCAUGUUCGUUCUAUUUCAACAGAACAGCAUCUCCAUUUUGAACAAGAUUUACCAGAAGUAGUUCAUGUAUUGCAGAGAAAGUUAUCUGGAGCUCGAAUGUUUAUACUUAACAGACCCGAAAAAUUAAAUGCUCUCGAUUUGAAUAUGAUCAGAACUAUUGGGCCACAAUUGAAAGCUUGGGAUGUAUCAAAGUUAGCCAAAGUUAUCAUAAUGAAAAGUGCUGGAAAAGGAAAAUUUAGUGUAGGUGAUGACAUCUUGGAUAUUUUAGUUAAAGUUAAAGAAAAAAAUCCAGAUGCAUUAUAUUUUUUUCAGGAUAAAUUUAGACUUGUACAAAUGAUUGCAACUUUGCAGACACCUUAUGUUUCUAUUUUAGACGGAUAUGCAUUGGGGGGCUCCUUGGGAUUAUUUGUGCAUGGCCCUUUUAGAAUUGCAACUGAGAAAACAAUCUUUGCUGUACCAGAAGUAAGUUUAGGCGCAUUUCUUAACUCAGGAUCAAGUUUUUACCUAUCUCGAUUGGAUGGUGAGAUUGGGACUUAUUUAGCAUUAACAGGUGCAAGAUUAGAAGGAAUAGAUACAUUUUUUACGGGCAUUACAACACAUUAUAUACCUUCAUCAAGACUAGCAGCGUUAGAAGAUAAAUUGAUUGAUCUUGAAACUUCAGAACAUGAAAUUAUUCAAAAAGUAUUAGAAAACUUUGUAGAUAAACAAAUCAAGAUUGAAAGGAUUGGAUUUCAAAAGGAAAUACGGGAAAGGAUUGAUAGAUGCUUCGCUUUCGAUAGCGUGGAAGAAAUUAUCUCAGCCUUGGAUAAAGAGAAAUCAACUACUUGGACAAGAGAAACAAAGCAAAAGAUAGUAUCCAUGUCACCUACAAGCCUUAAAGUGACACUUAAAGCAUUAAGAAAAGCUAGAAAAAUGACAUUUGUGGAAUGUUUAGAGAUGGAAUUCGAUUUGAUUCAAAAGUUCCUAGUAACAAAGGAUUUUCAUGAAGGUGUAGAAUCAGCAUUUAUAAAUAAACCAAGAAGAAAACCUCAGUGGCAACCAUCCCAAAUAUCGAGUAUUUCGGAUUAUGAGAUAGAUCAACUGUAUUUUACUGAAGCGUCACCGAAUAGAUUAAGUUUACUUUCUACUUUAGACUUUCGAUCUUACCCAUAUGCUAGAUAUGGUUUGCCGUCUGAAAAAGAAGUACGUUUAGCGAUUACAGGUAAAGGCCCCGAGUAUGCUAUUGAAGGAAGACUAAAAGAGAAAGAAGAGGUAUUGGCAUGGUUCAUGAAGGGUCAUAAAGGAAAAUGGGGGGUUCGAGAUAAAAUUUUAGAUAUACUUGAUCGCAAAACGAUAUCAACCAAAGAAAAUGGUAGUGGCCUUGUAUGGAAGCUUUAAAGUUUAUUUUCUGUAAAAAGGAGUCACACUAUGUAUUCUAUUAAUUAGCUAUUUUUUUUAAAAAAAAAAAAAAAAAAA